AUGAGAUUCUCAAUCACCCUUCUCCUCGCUGCGGCCGUGGCAGUCGUCGCUCAAGACACCGUCUCUGCUCCCUCAAGUGACUGCGAACCCCACGGUGACCACUGGCACUGCGCCGACGGCGUUCCAGAACCCACUACUCCUCCCACCCCCGAGCAGCUCGCCAGCUUCUCCGCUGCGGAAGCCGCCGAGGACUCGACUCCUGCGUCUGCCAUUGCCUCCAGGACUUCUUCUGGAUCCGUCCUCGUCACUCCUUCUUCAACUCACUCCCAUGACGACGAUGACCACGACCACGACGACGACGACCACGUGGCUACCGCCAGCACAUGCGAGCCCCACGGCGACCACUGGCACUGCCCCUCUGGUGUCGCAGAGCCAACCGCUCCCCCUGCUGCGGCCACUGGUAAUGCUGCCUCCCAGAUCGGUGCUGGCCAGGUUGUCGCUCUCAUCGGUGCUGCGGCUUACUUCCUGUAA